GUGUGCGUAAGUCGGUUAUGUUCCGUUGUGUUGGUGUAUCGUAAUUCCUUACCUGACGUAGACUAAUUUUGACAUUUUUCCUAGUCAUGUCGGUGGCUGUUGACUUCUUUUUUAGAAAUCACUCACUGAAGCUGCUAACCUAAUAUUUACGAAUGUGUAUUACUGACUGAAUUUGGUGGGAAUAAGGUCUAAAUCUCAACUCUUUGAAGUGAGAAUUAAGAUACUUGAGGUAUGAUACGGAUCGCACGUGAAAUCUAGAAAAUUCACCAAAAAUCUAUUCAUAAUCUAAGAAAACUUAGAUAUCGUAUAUUAACUGUGAAUAAACAUCUUUAGACUCAACACUACAUAAGUGACUUCAAGGCCCAUUUUUGACCAGUUUGAUGUGAGACUUUGUCUGGCGCUUAAGUUUUAUUCAGCCCUACAUAGAAUAUAAUGUGGUUCACCCCUUUAUCCAAAUGGUCUUUUUCAAGUAUAUACAGAGAAACGCCAAACCACCCUUAAGUUUUUAGCUCAGAUCCUUCCAGGAACACCUGAAGCCAUUAGAUCUAUACCUCAGAAUAUAUAGUCCAGACUUACGCUUGUCACCCCUCCCGGAACAGCAUAGGCCGCCCACCAAGAUUCUCCACGAUUUAGAGGUGACGUCAGAAAAAUCUACAUCAUAACCACCCGAAACUAUCCCAUGGAGCGCUUCUACAGGUCAGACCGUCAUAAAAAUCCUAGAGGGAAUAAUUAAAAACCAUAUUUACCACGUAGCUGUUUGAGCUGGGUUUGCCUUUUGCUGUUCACUGGUAGUCAAGUUUAUGAAUUCACUGCCAUCUGAAGAGUAAAUAAAUUCUUCGGAGUCUCCUAAAGUAGAACUCUAAAUAACAUGUCAUGUUCUUAAUCCUUGUUAUUUUGUAUAAUUUGGUCCCUACCUGCAUCACACUGAUGGUCCAUUUCUUCUAGGCACGGAAGAGCAUUUGACGAAAACUUCAGUUCCGCCAACAACCAUUUUAACUGUUAGUAUUUUGUGAUAUAAUAGCUUUAAAUUCCACAUUUGUAACAUACCACAUCAUUAAUUUCCAAAUACUGGUCCAGAAUAAGUCUUAGUCUGUAGUAUUUAGACAUACCACUAGUAUCUUCGCACUGUAGACAGUUUAUUCUGGUACAGUAAGCUGUCUGACUAUGGAUGUUAUGUAAAAGCCGGAAUCCAACAAACUUAUGCUAGUCUUCGUGUUUUCUAUUUUGCAGGUUGUGUACCUUUGCUAGGAAGGUUAUUUCCGCUAGUCACUAAUCUAACAUUGCAAGUAUACUUGCUACAUGUCGCUCAACGCCUGACUAAAAGAGUCGUGAUGUUCGGGAGGUGAAGUGAAAAUUGAAUCGUCUUGGGUCUUUGAAACAACAAAAAUAACGAAUGAUAAUUCAUAAGUUAACUUUGUAUUGCAGACGGUUCUAUAGAAUUGCUGAGAGUGCCGUGAUGUGGCUUUUUCGUACUGAAAUUUGUUUAUUUCUGUCAGUUUCCGCCAUUCUUUCAGCGUUUUGUGUACUUGAGUCCAUACUCCACCCUGAAGAAAACUCAGAAACGUUGGAAGUGUUGACAGUAUCAAAUGAUACCAGUUCAGAUUCGGAACUUGACGAUAAUGCUUCUUCACCAAUCGAAAAUAUAUCAACUUUCAUAUCACUUGUCCUGGGGCUGUUUGCAGUUCUUUUGGUUCUCUGGAAAGUAGCUGUGGUUAUGUUUUUCGGAAGCUUGACAUCUGCUGAAAGAGUAUCCCUUUCCAAGUCUCUCUUUCGUUUUGUUCUUUUCCAUUUUAUCAUACUUUCCGGCGCAAUUAAUCCUUCUCGACUGACAAGUCUCUUGGGAUGGCUUUGUUGGUUCAGUAUUCUCGGUGUGUUGCACAUGUUAACAUCUGUGGCUUCUUCCAGAUGUAACCAAAUGUCGGCUUCUGGUGCCGUAAACAUGCGCCAGUGGUUGCGGAUAUACUGUAUGUUUAUUAUCAUUUCUUUUGCAAAUUGGUACUUACUUAAAGCCGGUUUGGAAAACUGCUUCACGUUGGCAGACAUAGAUGUCUCAACUAGUGGAGACUUUUUAGAUCUUCAUUCACGGAAUUCCUUCUUAACUGGCCUCAAAACACCAACUGUGUUGGGUGCAUUGAAAGCUAAAAUAACAGGGAAAAAGGAGCUUUUGUAUGAUGCUGUUGAUGUCGUCGCCCUACUUAUAUCUGAGUUUGCGCUUCUGAUGUGUACAAUAUCACAUCUUGUUUGUGGAUUAAUCAUACAGACAUAUGACCGUUGGUGUCUACGCAAUGGUCAAAGCUGGCAAUAUCAUUCAACAGUUAUGUACUAUUAUGAGCUCUUUUUCACAUGCUUUUACCGGCUAACAGAAAUAACACACUAUCUACAUCUUCUAUUAUGGAGUAGAGUGUUUUCUGUGGCUAGCCUUGUUGUUUUCUUGCAUAUACGUGUAUCUUACUCAAACCUGGCUAACAGUAUAUCUCGCCACCUAGCACAAAGACGACUAAUGAAAUACAUCAAUGAGAACUACCAGGCUUGCAAGACAGGGUAUUAUGUCGCUUCCAAGGAUGCUAGUGAAAAAACAGAAACAGACGAUAAGACUUCACAAAUGUUUUACUUUGAUAACGAAAAUCAAUCUGCACUUAUUUGUGCAAUAUGUUGGGAUGUUAUGACAGAUUGGCGUCGAUUACCAUGUCGUCAUGAUUUCCACGAACACUGUCUUCGUGCUUGGCUUGAACAGAAUCCAAGUUGUCCUACUUGUCGGCGUGAUUUGGGCAUACCUCCUAUACUUCUUCACAAUCAUAACAGGACACAACGGUCGGAAAACGUAGCAUUUGGUAUGCUUGUUCGAAACUUGUUCAAUAAUGUUGGAAACGAAGGUCCAACUAAUCGUAACGGAGUCAAUAAUGUACAGCCACUGAUUACACCUCAUAAUGCAAUUCAACCUAACCAAACGUCUGGCAUUUCCAGGAUGUUCGCUACGGCUGUAGGGUUAAAUCUUGGAUUAAGUAUUGGUUCUGCCCCAGUUGUCGCUGCUGCCGCUCAAACGGCUGCACUAAAUGCACUACCUCGUGAAUCAGGCACACAAGGUUCUGUUGCUAGUAUUUCUGGCUCACAGACUGAAGAAACACCAAAUGUCCAUACACAGAAUGAGGAUAAUUCAUCUGUACGAGAAGCAACGCAUACUGAUGACCAAAAUCAAACUACUCCAGGAAAUGAAGCUAGAGACCAAAUUAGACGUAGAUCUUUCCAUUUUGAUGGAUCACGCUAUUUCUCCUGGUUACCAUCUUUACAUGUUGAACUGUCUGAAGUAUUUCGUGAGGUAUUUCAUGUUGGUGGAAUUCAACCCUACAGUGCAAUUAACGAAUUGAAUAAUCAAACAAAUGGUCAACAAACGACAGGUUUUAAUCAUACUAAUGUUCAUAAUUCUAUGUUUAAUGGGAAUAGUGAUUUGAAUGUAUUACCAUUAUAUCUACGUUCUGCUGUUGACCAACUAACCAAUAUGUUCCCACAAUUCCCACGUUCUGUGAUAAUUGCUGAGCUUUUAGCUACAGGCGUUCCAGAUUUAGCAGCAGAAAACUUAAUGGCUAGACCAUCACCGAUAACCCCUACUUCAAGCUCUAGUAACAUGAUUCCUACUACUAGUGCUAUUGUAAAUCAGAAUGUAAGUCAUAUAAUGAUGCAUGUUAGGUUUUUUUCGUGUGAAAAUGCUGUUCUUUAUUGUUUAACUAUUUUUUAGAUGUUCGGCUUUUUUAUUGUAAGUACUUUUAGUAAUUAUGAUCGACCGAAAAUCCAUUCCUAAAAAUCAUAACCUUUGAAAUAUAUUUAGUUCUAAUUUUUUAAUUUUAAUGUUAAAUGGUAAAGAAAAGUUGGAAAUCUCUUAUAGUGUUGAUCAUAGUGGUUCAAAACAAAAUCAGUCUUAUAAAUCUGUAACAUUAUCACCGUAUCUUCACUACUUCCUUUGAUCCAUAUUGCUGUUGGUUUUCUCUUUUUUGUUAAGAAAUGUUGAGACCUCAGCAUAUGAAUAGGUUAUAAACCCAUUAUGUAUGCUUGUCACCAUCAGUUUUUGUAGUUGACUUCAUCUACAUGUAACUCACCAAACGCUUCAGAUCAGUAGUCAAUAGCUUUGUCGAUUAAUUACUUCUAUUCAAUCCGACUACAUAUUUUAUUUGGGAUCAUCAGUGAAUAUCAGGACAAACUGCUUUUCGUUUUCAGGCUACGUGGUAGUUAACUGUUCUCAGUCCGACGAUACAUUGAAAAUUUUAUCUUAACGAUAUACAGUUCACCUUAUUUGGUCAGUGGAAUAUAAUUGUCACAUUGAACGAAGUUCAUAUCUCUUAUCCUGGUCUAAAUUGAUACAAAAAAUAUUGACCUAUCUUAUCCCAUCAUAUUUAUCUGUACGUAGACUACUUCUGUAUCAUAUAUGCAGCGAGUACCUUAGGUAAUUUAACUUUGAUGCUUUUGAGUUUGGCCUUAGUAAAUUAAUCUAAAUUGAAUGCAUGCUACAACGAUAUUUGACGUGAAGUCUUUACAAAGAUGGGGAGGUGUUUCCAAACCACCUUAGUCAGAGAGUACUCGUUGCAUGUUUAUAUUCAUCCUUUAUUACUUUAAAUCUAUAUAGUAAAACGAGUUACUCAGGAAACUUGAUGCGUGAAAGCAGUUGUUAUGUACUGAACGAACACAGAUGGAGAAGACCAAUUUAUUGUUUAGCAUAAAAUUACGGUGUCUUCACAAAUUAUGAAAACCAUACAGUAGACACAUCAUUUGCACAUCUUUCACUUAUUUCUUGCAAACUUCGUUGUUCUUUCAUUCCUGUUGUUAUCUUGUUAGCUUUCAGUUUCCUUCUCUCUCCUUUUCGUUUCAAUCUUGUCAGCCGUCGGUUCUCAGGCAAUCCACUUCCGAUUGGUGUUACAUAUUACUAAUAUCUGCAAACAUAAGUAACAUACUCCAUAUUUAUCUCUUGAUUUUCGGUUUUUCUUUACCAAUAAAUAUUAUUACCGUUAUAGACGUGACUGUUUAACAUAUGCUGUCAUAUUAGUGAAAUAUGUAGUAAUUUGGUCGAAACUUCACAUGAGAUACGCUAAAUAUUUAGUAAUCAUCCAUAUUACUUCGAUCCAGCAUGUUAAAAUGCAAAAUUGUGGUCGUCAUGAAAUUUAAAAUAUACUACUGUCCGUGAUACGCAUUUUUUAUAAGAUAUCAUUUGGCCCUAAUAGUUCAUGCAGAGUUUAAGUUACUACUCAAUGUCAUAUGUUGAUUUGAGAUUUGCAAGUAAAAGUAAGUAUACAUCGACUAACAUUUUGUCUGUAAUUUUACAUCCUAACCAAACUAAGCAUCCAAAGACCGUACAUUACCCCUCUCCCUUCUUAAAUUUAUUGUUUAUUGGUUUAAUUGUUACGAUUCCAAUUUGUUUGUAACACCGUGUUUUAUAUUGGACACGUAUCUCAUAUUAUGGUAUGUGCAACUGAUGUCGGCAGAUGUAAGUAGUAUGUAUCAUCAAUCAAAAGUGAAGUGCCUGGUAGCAGAAGGUUAAGAAGAUCUAAGAAGAGAGAGCGAAUGGUGUGGAAACGAAAGAACACUGAAGUCUGAAACGGUUAAUUAACAUUUUGCAAAUGAAGUAUUUAUUGUACAGUUCUCAGAUUUUACUAAGACGCUCUGUAAUUUUGUAUUCAAAUACAUCCGAUUGUCCCCGC